AUGGCUUCCCGUCUUGUUUUCUUUGUUUUCAUGCUCACUGCUGCCGUUGUUCCAACAAGCGGAGCUCGGGGGAAAGAAUUCAUUGUUGGAGAUGAAGCAGGGUGGACACUAGGAUUUGAUUACCAAGCUUGGGCUUAUGGAAAGAAGUUUCAUGUUGGAGACAAACUUGUUUUUCGAUAUUAUGUGGGAGCUCACAACGUGUUCAAGGUGAAUGGAACUGGAUUCCAGAACUGCAUUAAGCCAAAGGCGGGUGAGGCACUAAGCACUGGAACCGACACAAUUGUUUUGGCAACUCCAGGAAGAAAAUGGUACGUUUGUGGAGUGGGCAAGCAUUGCGAGAAUGGAAUGAAACUUGUUAUAGAUGUAUUGCCACUUAAAGCACAAGCUCCCAAGCCUAGCCCACCCGCUCCACUCACUUACGGCAAAAAAUUUAUAGUUGGAGAUGAAGCAGGAUGGAGACUGGGAUUUGAUUACCAAGCUUGGGCUAAGGGCAAGCACUUCCAAGUUGGAGACAAGCUUGUUUUCAAGUAUUACCCUGGAGCUCACAAUGUGUUUAAGGUAAAUGGAACUGGUUUUCAGAACUGUAUUAGGCCGCCAGCAACUGAGGCACUAAAAACCGGAAAUGAUACAAUAGUUUUGGCAACUCCAGGAAGAAAAUGGUAUAUUUGUGGUGUAGGGCAACACUGCGAGAAAGGAAUGAAGCUUUUUUUAAUUGUGUUACCACGAGCUGCUAAAUCACCCCCUGCACCCUAUUCUACGCCCUACACCAUGGCAACUGAAUACUUUGUUGGUGAUGAUGAAGGCUGGAAAGUUGGUGUUAACUACUCUGAAUGGGCUAAUGGCAAAGUAUUUCGUGUUGGUGAUAAACUAGUGUUCAAAUACGGGUCACCACAUAAUGUGUAUAAAGUGGACGGAAAUGGGUUCAAGGAAUGCAAACCAUCUGGAGAUGUUUACAACAAUGGAAACGAUACAUUUAUACUUAGCGAACAGGGCAAAAAAUGGUAUAUUUGUGGUGUUAAUGAUCACUGUGAGAAAGGGCAGAAGCUAGUGAUUAAUGUGGAAUCUGAUGGUUCUGAACCAGUACCAGCACCAGUACCAGCACCAACACCACCAAAACCAGCACCAGUUCCAGCAUCGACACCACCACCAACACAAACUCCACCUUCAAACGAUUCCUACAGAAUUAUCUCAUCCUGCUAUCAGAUUUUCGUAGCAGCUGUUGUUGCAAUGGCCGUGGCAGCAUUUUAA